AUGUUUUAUCAAUACUUUCUAAUAAAGAACAAUCCUUCUCUUUCACGUCUGAGUGCACUUAAAACAACAGAAAGAACUUGUGAUGUUCUAUAAACUACAGCUCAUACAAAUAAAUCUAGCAAAUAUAUUCAUGAAAAAUUUAACACUGAACAUUCAACUAAUGAAGGUUAUUUAAUCAAAAAAUCCAAUCCUUUUUCUAAAUAAAACAAAUCCAAAAUCAAUAUACUUAUAAACAACAUAAAAAAUACAUACAAAUCUGAAAUUGAAAAGAUUAAAGAAGAAUCCAGAAUCCGAUAAACCAAUCCACAGCUACAUAUGUAAAAUCUUUUAAUCUAUAUUUAAAGUUAAGAAAUGUUACUACGAAAUAGAGAUGAUAUUGCUAUAUUAAUUGAUAGAUUAAGAAGGAUUCUUCUUAAUAAAUCUAAACGUUCCUUCUGUAUUGAAAUUAUUUAAGAAAUCAAUAAUCAAAUUUCUAAAAUCCGUAAUCUUGGUAUUUUAACACAAUCUAUUCAUUAGAUAUCAAGAUUUUAGUUAGUUUAACUCUCUCUAAAAUUGCCAAAUAUUAUAAUCUACUACAUUAUUCUAUUCUCCUUGCUAAAAAUGCAAAAAGAUUUUCAGACUCUGAACCUAUGCUCAAAUAUAAAAUUAAAGCAUAUGAAAUCUUAUCCUUGUGUUUCCUUAAAUUAAGACUUAAGUAAGCAAAGACCUAUAUAACAAAAUAUUUAAUGUGCAGCUGGAAAUUAGAUAAACCAAAUGAAGAACUUAAAGGAUAUGAUUAAAUGGGAAAAUAUUAUUAUUAUGAAGGUAAUAUUGAAAUGGCUUAAUUUUUUCAUAAUAAAAUGAUCAAUGGAGAUACUUUAGUAAUAUUGUUUAAUAUAUUUAUAUUAGAAACCUAAUUCAUCAUUAAAGAGAUUGGCUGUGGCUAAAUUUGAAUAAGGUUCAGUUGGAAAAAGUAAGAAAGAGAAACAAUCUGUCAAUACUGAAGAAGCAGAUUUUAAUAUAUCAUCAGAUGAUGAACCAUUUGAAGUUAUCUUUGCUUAAGAUCAUGAUGAAGGAUUAUAAAAAGCUAAACAUAAUUUUGAACUUAUGAGAAAUGAUUAAAAAAAGAAACCUUCACUUUUACAUUAUUAAAUUAGAAAACAGCCAUAAUUCGAUAAAACUAACAUUAAAAGAGCCUAAUAAGAAUCUAAAAAUGCUAAUUCAUUUAUUAGGUAGUAUUAUAAUUAAUUGUAGGAUUCCAAAAGCUUAGUAAACUUAGUCUUUGUUGACAGCUAGAGGAACUUUAGACCUUAGUAAAAUAAAAGGACUUUCUCAUGCACAUAUAUAACUUGGAGAACUUAAGAAUCCUGUUUUGUUAAAUCAUUUAAGUCCAAAUAGAUGUUUAGUCAAUUAUUAGCAUAUUGAAUUGAAUAAAGCCCCUUAAUCAUACAAGAAUGCUGAGGAUAUUGAACCUUUGUUUGAUGUUGGUGAUAUAUAAAAGAUGUCAAAAAAUCUUAACAAGUUAAUUGCAAUAUUAACAGGUGUUGAAGAAUGGCUCCAAGCAUAAAGUGAAUUAUACUGA